AUGACACCAUUCUAUCCCAGGCCCAACUUUACCUCAUCCUCUGGUUUCCACAUUCAUCAUCCUCCCAAUCGUUCCUAUGUACAGCCUCAUUCCAAAAGGGCCAAUAGCUUCUCCGCAGUGAACUCUGACUAUGGUCUUCCACUACCUGAUACCGUUGGAGAUCGAUCCAGUCGACGGGCAAAAACAUCUGCACGGAACACCGUCAACGACGUUCCUUUAUUAAAUAACCCUGCCAGCCCUGCCCGACCCCCUCAGCACAGAUACAAGAGGUAUGAUUCCAGCUAUUCACCUUUCACAUCUGAUUCUUCCGCAAUAGAUACACCUCUUCGAGCAAGGGGACUUCUUCCAACAACAUGCAUUGAACUAGCUCCCAAUCAACCGGUUGUUUCCACAUUACCUGAUCCCGUAAGAGAUCAAAAUCAUGGGCAAAAUGAGCAAUCUAACUCCAAAAAUACUGGGCACUCCGUUAACUGGCGGAUAAAAGGGUUUCGGAUUCCAGAAAAUCUAGAUUAUACCCUAGGGGCUGAAAUUAUCGUUACCAAUGUGCCUCGCUCUGCCUUAAGACCUACUGUAAAGGGUUCUGGCUGUCAACGUUCUCAACCCUGUCCCACCAGGUUCCAACCUUAUUCGCAAGCAGGGAGAAGAAACGCCGUGAGUCUAAACUCAGGUAAUUCCGGACAGACACCAAAUACCCAUCCAUUGCCAGAAGUUAUCACACACACGUCCAGCUCCUGCACAAGCCAUAUUUCUAAGCCUGUACCAACCAUCGGAGAAUUUUAUACUUCCUGGAAUCACAAUAAAAGUCCUGAUGCAAAUCCACUUUUUGCGCCAUACGCAGCCGGAAAAUUGGAUAAUGUUAAUCACGCGAGACAUGUUCAUAGAUCCGGCGCAUUGUCGAAUGCUAUAUCUACACGCGCUGAUGAGGCAAAAGGUCAGCAGGGUAGAGAAGAGAUGGACAUCGAUAGUCUAGGACACAGUCCUACAUCACUUCCUAGUCACAUACAUCCAACAGGACAUGAAACCUCAAGCGAUAAGCACAGAGAGAGUGCCAGGGACGCUUUCACAACACCUAAUAAUCCUCUUCCGAACGAUUCACCAUUAUCCACUUCUACUUCCAAUGCCCCAGGGCCACGAACCUUUUCUCAAUCAGCAGGGACUACAACUGCGAGUUCUCGAGGACUAGCUCAGAGCGAAACUAGAAAAUUAUGGAAGGCUAUGUAUGGAAAAGAUACUGCUGAUUUGCAAAGGGAUUUGGUGACGUUGAAAAGUAUCGGUAUUGAGGAUAUAGAUUUGAGGAACGUUGUAAUUACAGAAGAGCGGUGA